AUGGAGCAGGCAACGGUACACGAGUUUGAUCCUUACUCAUACACGAGCGGUCGGUGGCUUCGGAACGACAAACGUGAACGCCAAAGACGCCGGAUUGACUUUCACUUUGACGAACUCUGCCGAAAGAUAGUGGGCUUAUCUGACGGCAAAAGAUCCAUCAAAAAUUGCGAGAAAAAGGAAGGUGGCUUCAACAGGGUGUUCAUUUUCACCAUGGACGAUGGCUCACGUGUCGUGGCGCGACUGCCCUUCACAUUAGCUGGCCCUGCGAGAUUAGCCACGGCUUCUGAAGUCGCGACAAUCCAAUAUUUGCAAAGAAAAACCAGCGUUCCGAUCCCAAAAAUUCUUGCCUGGAGCGACGAUGCAGCGAAUAGCGUUGGAAGUGAAUAUAUCAUCAUGGAACAUGCGGCUGGUAUACAGCUACAGCAGAAAUGGCCCAACAUGUCGGGGGAUCAGAAAGUUCAAUGCAUAGAUGCCAUCUACAGAAAGCUAAGAGAGGUGGUCGACAUCGAAUUUCCCGCCUAUGGAAGCUUAUAUCUCUCUACCUCGUUAUUGGGCUCUUCCUCUAGGCUACCGCUAGAGGGCGGCUUUUGCAUCGGGCCCCACUGUGGAAAAAGAUACUGGGACUGUGGAGAUGGCAGGUAUUACCAGUGUACCAUUCCCAAUCAAGGCCCUUGGUUGACGCUAAGUACGUUUUCUGAUGGCCUUAUUGAUGCCGGUCUUUCAAGGAUUCCACCGAGAGACUCUCUGUGUUCAGACCAGCCACCCUAUCAGGGCUCGAUUGAAACACAUUUAGACCUUCUCGAACGUGGACGCACGGUGCUAGAUGCAAUGUCUGCAGAUGGCCAAGUGCAAGAUGCAGCUGUGCCAACAUUGUUUCAUCCGGACCUACAUAAAAGAAACAUAUUUGUUUCAGAUAAUGAUCCUUCGAUAAUAACUGGUAUUAUUGAUUGGCAGUCUUCCAGCAUAGAGCCAGCUUUCUGGUAUUCAGAUGAGGUUCCAGACUUCGCGACUUAUUCACCCCCUGCUCAAGGGGUAGAUGAUAGCGAGUUAUGCACAAAGGCGUACGAGGUCUGUACUCAAUUCCUCACUCCGAAGCUCGCUCGCCCUAGAUUGAUGGAUGAAGGCAUGUUUCGACCUUUUCGGUACUGCUACAGAACAUGGAAAGACGGCGCAGUUGCUUUUCGACAUGAGCUUAUUGAGACGUGUAAAGACUGGGAGGCACUUGGAUUUGCCAACUCGUGUCCAUUUUCCUUACCGACGCCAGAAGACAUGGCUCUGCAUCGGAAGGAAUAUAGAUGCUUUGAAGCGGCCCAGAAUCUGAAGCGUGAUUUGUCCAGCUUGCUUGACAGUGCAUCUGAUGGAUGGGUUCCUCCAGAGAACUGGGAGGUGGCAAAAACAGAAAACAAGGCUAUGUUCAAGGGGAUGUUGCAAGCAGUACUGACAAAUAAAGAUCCGGACGACGGUGAACCAAUUAGGGAUGAAAGAGACCUGCGAGCUAUCUGGCCUUUUGAUUUGCCGAAGGUGUAA